AAAUAACACAUGGCCUAACAGUAUCCCGCCAACCGCCAAGCGCGCAAAUAAACAACGCGCUAAUACAAUUCAAAAAUAGAACAUUAUUUUUUUCGUUACACUGGAUUACUGGAUUUUUAUAAUUCAUUGUUUUGUUUGUGUUGCAGCUGUGUUUGUGCAUAGUAAUUUUAGUUCUUGACAUAUUUUUAACUUUAAUUGGAUGUAGAGAUAUCGACGGACAGACGAACACACAGUCAAAAUGGACAAGCCCACGAUGCACAUGCUCUCCGUCCAGGAGAAGGGCGGGGAGACAAGGAGGGCCACACAGUAUUUAGCUGCAGUCGCUGCAACAAUUGGCGCAGUCAUAGCGGGUACAAUUCUAGCGUGGACAUCACCAGCCCUACCGCAGUUGGAGCCCCCAAAGAACCAGUCAGUGGUCAACAUCACAGUGGUCAGUCAUAAUUUGACCAACAUCAGCGUGGUCAAUCACACGCUGAUCAAUUCCCUGGGCAUGCCAGCCGAUUUCUUAUUGGAUGGGAAACAGAGUUCUCUAGUGUCCUCAAUAUCAGCUAUAGGAGCGCUAUGCAGCGCGUUACCAGCUGGUUAUCUCACGCAGAAGAUGGGUAGACGGCCAACAAUCCUGGUGCUGUCUAUCCCUUUCAUGCUGAACUGGAUCCUCAUCAUAUUCGCUAACGGAGCUGGAAUGCUGAUCGCGGGGAGAUUCUUCGGGGGCGUUGGUACUGGCGGAAUCUGCGUAGCGGCUCCGCUAUACAUCGGCGAGAUAGCAGAGACUUCAAUCCGGGGGUCCCUGGGCGCGUUCUUCCAGCUGUUCCUGACCGUGGGCAUCCUCAUGUCGUACGUCAUCGGCGGCUGGACGCACUGGAGGACGCUGUCCGUAGUGCUGGCCACUCUACCGCCGCUGCUGGUCAUCGUAUUCUGGUGGAUGCCUGAAACGCCGCAGUACCUCCUCGGAAAGAACAGAAGACGCGAAGCGGAAGCCGCUUUGCGUUGGCUGAGAGGCCCUGAUGCCGACCUCACCACGGAACUUGACGAUAUGCAGAAAGAGAUCGACGCGGCCACUCGCCAACGCGCCGGCAUUACGAGCAUGUUCACGAACCGCGCGCCUCGCAUCGCCUUCGUCUGCUCCUUAGGUCUCAUGUUCUUCCAGCAGUUCAGCGGCGUCAACGCCGUCAUCUUCUACACCAACGACAUCUUCAGAUCCGCCGGCUCCGACAUCCCUCCGGUCAUCGCCACCAUCAUUGUGGGCGUCGUGCAAACAUUAGCCACAUACGUCUCGUCAUUGCUGAUCGAAAAGGCCGGCCGAAGAAUCUUACUCCUCCAAAGCUGCGUCAUCAUGGGCAUUACUCUCAUCGCCUUAGGCAUCUACUUCAAAUUGCAAAGCUCUGGUUACAACGUGUCCACUGUCGGUUGGAUUCCUUUAGUCGCCUUGGUGUUGUACAUCAUUUCGUUCUCAAUGGGCUUCGGUCCGAUCCCUUGGAUGAUGAUGGCGGAAUUAUUCGCUGGGGAAUACAGAAGUGCUGCUACAGGUAUCACUGUUAUUGUCAAUUGGAGUUUGGUGUUUAUCGUUACUCUUUGCUUCCCCUUGAUGAGAGACGCCAUAGGGAUCUACAGCUGCUUCUGGCUGUACUCCGGUUUUAUGAUCGUCUGUUUCUUCUUCACCUUCUUCAUGAUCCCAGAAACGAAGGGCAAGUCCCUCGCUCAGAUUCAGGCCAUACUCGCUGGGAAAAGUAUAUGAUAUUGAUAUGGUUAUUCGGUGUUUUUUUUAAGGUUUAGCAAAAUUGGGGGACCCUUUUUCCCGAAUUUACCUGAAUUAUAUGUAGGAUAUAAAUUUUGUCGUUUAAUCAUGAAUCAGUAAUUAUUUUUUAGAAUGAAGACAUUCAAUUUUGUUAUUUAUAGAAAAGUAUUUUAUCGAGUAAAUGAGAUUGGACAAAAUAAUUUAAGAUGUAAUGAACAUAUUAUACUUAGGUAAUAAAAAAUAAGUUGUUAGUAUUAUUUGGCUAAUUUUUAAUAGUACUUAGUCUUAAGAGAAAUGUGCCAAAUAUGUGUAAAAUGUAUGUUAUUGUGAGAAUGUGUUAACUUAUUGUCUAAUGUUAUGCGAACAAUUAAAGAAAUAUAUUAGUUUUAUAGUU